AUGCGCAACAUCAUGCGAUCGAAUGAAGGUCCCGAUGGCGAUAAGCCAGUUCUUGAGGAGGCAGACAUGGCGCCAGCAGGCCGAGACAGUGAUCAAGCCUCCAGGUCUCAUGCGUUUCUUUCUGUACUCUUGCAUGUAACUUGUUCUUUGAUGAUGAGCAGCCAUCAGAGUGACGUGGAUGAGAGCGAUCUUGAUCCCAUCGACCUCGACGGCGCCCUCGACGCUGCGGGCUUCGGGAGUUUCCAGCUCAAGGCCAUGCAGGCGCUCAUCCUGUCCCAGAUGGUUGUCGGCAUGGAAACAGCGCUUUGGUGGCAGCUCCCGCCCCUGCUGGAGCAUCAGUGGGAGCUCUCGGCCGAGGAGCUCACGACGGGACAGAUGGCAUGUAUCACUUUCUUCUCUGCCGGCUCCUUGCUAGCAGGACACGCGGCAGAUUUUUACGGGAGAUUUGUCAGCCUCCUCUUCCUCGACUCCGCCUACAUGAUCAUGAUGCUGCUCUCCUCCAUCGCACCAACGGCCGUCUUCCUCCUUGCCUUCCGCUGCUCCUGCUCGCUGCUGGCGGGAGGCAGGCUGUCCUGCGCUCUCCCACUGGCCAUGGAGAUCUGCCCGCCGCGCUGGCGCUUCGGCUCCGCCCUCAUCGUCGCAUGCGUGGGCGCAAACAUAGGGUCUCUGUACUUGAUAGGAGCUCGGUCCGUGCUGGACGCGGUGCUGGGCGAGUCCUACUCGGCGACUCUCGAGUGGCGUCUCCUGCUCCUGUCGUGCGCAGUGGUGGAGCUGCCGGUCUGGUUCCUCAUGCGGAACCAGCUUUGCGAGUCGCUGAGCUUCUUGUACGAGGAGGGGAUGCGGGGCCUCUGCCUCAACGUCCUCGACUACAUGGCGGAGGAGAACGGGCAGGAGGUGAGGUUCACGGGGGCGGUGUCGCUGGUGGGGGGACGGGAUGAAGCGGAGGCGCAGAGAAGGAGGGAGAGGCGGGGGCUAGCCAAGUGCUCCAUCACUUGGGUUGCGUGCGCUGUCUGCUCGGGAAUUGUGGCGGCUGAGUUGAUGGAGGACGAGAGUGUGGUCCUGAACAUGGCCGGGAGCGAGAAGGGGAAAGUGAAGAUCCUGCAACUCGCUCUCCUCCACGUCAGCUCGGCGCUCUUCACCUUGACUCUGUGGGACCAAGUCAACCACUUCGACCUCGUCCACUUCGUCUGCAUUGUUCCUGCGAUUGUACUUGGAGCCUGCUUCAUGCUCAUCCCUCCCUUCCACGGCCUCGUCUCGCUCCUCUUUGGAGCUCUCCUCUUCUUCCUCAUCAUGGCUCUCCACAGCCUCUCCCUCGCUCUCUUCUCCACCUUUCUUCCGUCGAAGUCCCGAUGCUCGUCCUUCGGAGGGGGACUCUGUGUGACUAGCUUCCUUCACCUGCUCACCCUCAAGCUUUCUUCUACAUUCACCAAGUCGCUUCUCCGCCCGCUAGUUCCUAUCUUGCUCCUUCUGACAUUGACAGCCCAUGCCCUGCUGCGGGAUGAGAGCGAUGCGGACGACAAAAUGUUUGUCAAGAGUGAUGAGGGGGCAAGGGAGGAAGGGACUUCUGUGGUUUAG